AUGGAGCAUCUUGUUAUUCACUUGGCUCGAGAAGCUAUGCUUGGUGGUCCGGUUCAAUAUAGGUGGAUGUAUCUUUAUGAACGGAAGUUGGGAUCAAUGAAAAGAAAGAUAAAAAACCAUGCAAAGGUUGAGGGGUCCAUUGUUGAGGCUUACAUGAUUGGAGAGAUAUCGACUUUUUGCUCACAAUACUUUCUUCCUACAAUUGAAACACGGUUGAAUCAUGAGUUGCUUAAUUUUGCUCCAGACAUUCCUUGUUAUAUCAUGGUCGACUCUCGAUUAAGCAUUUUCAAAGUUCCAUCUCGAAGAUUAUUCAAAAAAAGUGGUCAACAGAGGCCUUUGACAGAUGAUGAGAUGCGUAUUGCUCAUAAUUACAUCUUGAUCAAUUGUGUUGGGGCUCUACCUUUUUUAAGGCUAAGAAAUGAAGAUCCAUUUAUCCUAGCGUCACAAGCAAAACAAGUGUAUUAUGCACCAUAUCCUGCAAUGAAGGAUUUGAAAGGUUGGUGGGUUGUCGUCAAGACGAAACCAAGGGAUGUAUAUGAUCUACGACAAUGUGUUACUGAAGAAGAUGAUGAUGAGGAUGAAGAGGACCAAUUCUUUCAAGAAAGUAAAGCGACUUUACCUUCUACAAGCAGCAUUGCAAAUGAGGUGGCAGGACCCUUUUCUCAUGUAAUUGAAGGAUAA